UAUAUAUAUAUAUAUGCUCAUGUACGUGACUGUAUAAACACAACGAUAAUAGUAAGUAUCGUUGAAACAACUUCUUCAGUGAUUAGUAGAGUGGUAAACGGGUGACUAUGGGCAAUAAAGUGAGCAAGCAUCCUCCGCGCGCCAAAAUAAUCAAGAAAAGCCGGUAUGGAGCUGUGAACCCCCCACCUGACGAGCCUGAGGUUGACUCGGAAUCUGAUAUGGACGACAUUUUUGUCUUGGACGAUACUGACGGCUCUGAGAUCCGAGUCCUUCCGGAAGUUAUCCAGGCGGCCCGGUCCCGUCUGAGCACGAUGUUGACGGAAGAAGAUAAAGAAGCCAUGGCAGUGGACCAUACCAAGUACACAUAUCCUUUCGAGAACUUGGUUUUUGAAGGCGGGGGAAACAAGGGUAUGGCGUACUGUGGAGCGCUCAAGGAAAUGGAGGAGAUAGGCAUGCUAAGCCAAAUCAAGCGUUUUGCCGGAACCUCUGCUGGAGCCAUGACGGCCGCCUUGCUGGCUGUAGGGUACACGCCAGACGACAUCAGGGAGUUUGUCGGCAUGGAUAUGAGGAGGAUAUUCCUAGAUCACAGCUGUGGUUACCUCAGUCUUCUCCCUAACUUACUCUUGACGUAUGGGUGGAAUCCUGGAAAGAGAGUGUUUCGCUGGUUCGGUGACAGGAUGCACGAAGCUACUCAAAACAGGGAUAUCACCUUCAGAGAAUUAUACCAAGAAUUUGGUAAAGAACUCUGCGUGGCAGUGACAAAUCUGAACCAGAUGUCCACGACGUACUGUCAUGUGAAGACUACUCCCGACAUGCCUGUGGCAGUGGCAGUGCGCAUGUCCAUGGCCAUACCUGGUAUGUUCUCGGCUACGAAGUACACGGUGUUCGGACACACCGACAUCUUUGUUGACGGCGGGGUCCUGUGUAACUAUCCAGUCCAUUGUUUUGAUGGCUGGUGGUUAUCUAUGGACCCCCAGGACAGCUUCCUCCACAAACUCCAGCCCCUGUCGGAAAUAUUACAGAAGUAUGAGAGGAGAAACCGUUUUGGGAAAUGGAACGAAAAGACUUUAGGGUUCCUCCUGUACUCCGACAAUGAGCAGGAAAUGUACCGGACAGCCUUAGAGGCCCGGCGAGGUGCCGAAUUACCUAAAUACCCCAACACCAAGAUGGCAAGGAAAUACAUCCAAACAGUCCAAAAGGAAGAAAGGACGGCUAGACAGCACAAUAGGGUAUCGAAAGCAGUGGAUGCGUUCUUAAAAGUACUAAAAGACCACGAUGUGGACAACAGCAGUACCAUCAGUGAAGAGGAGCUGGACAAAGCUUUGAAAGAUGAGGCGUUUUCAGAAACAGACUACAAGAUUCUGUUUGGCCGUGAAGUGACGACCAAAGAAGCAUUUGCCAAAAUCAUAGGAGAGGACAAGUCCAAAGAUCAGGAAAAAAAGAAUAUCUUUUUGAGACUAUUUGGGAAGAAACCAAAACCUGCUAUUCACAAAAGAUACCGUCGUCUUGGAACCGAGGAGGAGAUAUCGUAUCAGGACAUCGUGACCUUCCUUGAGACACAUGGUAUCAAUCUGCAUGCGCGUUUCCUUGGAUACAGGAGACGUGACGUCACCGACUUACCCAGUUUUCUGGAUUCUUUGCAAGCCUCUCUCGUUACAAACGUGAAAAGAAUAUACAUGGAAGAGAGAGACGUUGACAGAACGGUGGGUAUAAAUACGGGGUAUUUACAGACGACAGACUUCACACUGGAGGACGCCGACAAAAGCUACUUGGUCGAGCAAGGACGUCGAUCAUUGGUGUGCUUUUUGAAGUACUACGUGGUAAAAAACAAACCACCUCUGAAAAGUCCGAAUGUCACAGCAGACAUGGAGAAAACAAACUCGCUGAAAGCUCAGAGCGUCAUACCAGAAGAGACGCGGCCCGAACAGCUGAAAAAUCAGCCUGUUACUCCAGAAGAGGCAAAGGGUUAAAAGAUCCUUACACCAGAGGAUAUACUUGUGUCUAAUGCGCUGACAGUUGAGGGCAUUGUUCGAGAUGUGACCAAAACUAACAGUAUUUCUCUUGGCAGCUGCAUGGUAUCAACCUGAGGGUUUUUCGUUCAGAUCAUGACCUGGAUAUUAACCCCUAAUUCUUAUGGGGUUCUGUGAGAAAAGAUAAAGGAAAAUCCAAGUAAGUGUUGCCAUGUUAGCGUUUUGAUAAAUAAAUAAGAACAACUGGGUAGCAAGCACACAGCAGUGCAAGCCUGAUACAUAUCUUCAGUUAGAACAAAAGGUGUUACGAGAUUGUUGUUAUUUAAUAAGAAAGGGAAAUGUUAUGUAGCUAUGAUGAAACAAAGGAAGUAGAUGAAAUGAUCAUGAUGAAACAAAGGAAGUAGAUGAAAUGGCGAUGGUGAAACAAAGGAAGUAGAUGAAAUGGUCAUUAUGAAACAAAGGAAGUAGAUGAAAUGGUCAUUAUGAAACAAAGGAAGUAGAUGAAAUGGUCAUGAUGAAGCAAAGGUAGUAGAUGAAAUUGCCGUUGUGAUAUCCAGCUACAGAGGUUUCGCUUUAGUCAGAAAGAUUAGAUUGACUUAUCUUGCUUGGUGCUUUACUUACAUGGGAAUUAUAGUACAGGUGUGGAACUUUAUCCCGCUUUUCACUGAACAACAACCGUCAUGUGGGAUACAGAUGCAUUCUCGAAUCCUGCAGACGACGUCAAAUGUGUUUGCUGAGUAGUGUACAGAAUAAUCCUAGGUUGGGAUGGGAUGGUGAAAUGUAUUUUUAUAUUGCUGUUGUAAACCACGAAUGUAUCUAAAUGCAUGCAGGCAUAGCUAUUUCACUGCCAAUGUUGACAUCACCUGUACUGAACAUGUGUUCAUUAUGAUGUACUUUUCCUUACAUUUUGCUGCAGGGUAUAGCUUCCUAUGUCGGCAAGAAUAUUUACUGUAUAACUUACUGAACUUAACCUUGAACCAAUGAUAAGGCUGUGAUACAUGUAUUAACCCCUGCAUCUGCCCCUGUGUACCAGCAUCCAUGUAAGACCUUUUGUAAAUGUUGCGGCGGCCAUGUUUUCCUUCGCCAACCCUGUUAGUCAUGUGACUAGACUUGUAAGGUAUUUUAGCCAUCUUCUGACAUUUUACUCUGUUGCAAUGCUCUUGUUUAUGCUCAACAACAUAAUGUAAUCUUGGUUGUUAUUGUCUGAGCAUAUUUCCUUGUAUUUCAAGAAGAUAAAGCUAGGUACUAUUGGUGUAACUUUGCGCAGGAAUACUAUUUUUGGAAGUGCGGUUCUUCAGAUUCUCCCGCCUGUACGACGUCCAGUCCGCUGUUGCAGGAAGUGAACCCUGAACCACCAAGUAUUAUUAGUAUACAGACUUCAUCUGGACGAGUGGUGCGAAAGCCAGCACGCUUUCAGGACUAUGUGUCUCAGUGUCAAUUUUAUGUCAAUAAUGUCAAAAAUAUGUCAAUUUUUUAAUGUUUGGCUAUCAAAUCUGAAUUUGCUGCCAGUUGUGUUUGCCCUGGACAAUCCUGUGUUAAAGUUAAAUUCAACUUUCAUAUAUAUGAUACAGGUUAAUCAUUCUUUUCAGCAGUUCCCACAUGCGUUCGAUUUAGUGACGUAAACUUCCUGAACUUUUGAGUUAAGAAUUCCUCUAAUAAUUAUUGGUCUUGAAAGUUAUGCUUGCUUUUAAAAUUGCUUAUUAACUGCACUUGUGUUGAAAAGGGGAUGUGACGUAAUUGGUCUAAAGUCCGUUUCCAGUAAGUAUAGAUUUACAUACUCCCGUACAGGGAUUGUACGUUCUGAUGUUAUCCUCAGUAAACAGCUGUUUCGUUCGCUCAAACAGAAGUUCAUUCUUGUUCGAUUAUUCAACUCCCAUACGAUCUAAAAUGACGAAACAACUACGCAGUUCUGUGGCUAUGGAUUGAUGUACUUUUGAGUGGAAAUGUGAAGCUAAUCAAAAGGUACAACCCUAUGUUAUCAGAGUACAUUGAUCCUAGUAUAGAAAGACCCUUUGCACCACAGGAAUAUCCACCCGGUGUCUUUUCAUAUUCCUAGAAUUUGUCAUUGUUUAUAUAAGCAGUUCUUGCUUUGCCAAGUUCGUCACGAUUGCACCAGACGUGGAUUGGUGGACCGCUGUCACGUGAUUUGACUUGCUUGCCUAUAAAUACUGGCUUCCUCCAGGGCUCUGCCCGCUUUCCACCCACCAUAAUGGUGGCCGUCGUCGUAUAAGUGAAAUAUUCUUGAGUACGACGUAAAACACCAAUCAAAUGAAUAAAUAAAUAUAAAUACUGGCUGAGAUGUGUAUUUGACAGAUAGAAUCAGAAUGGCUUCCCAUUAACAUCUCGGGAUAACAACAAUAAAGGUGCUUACAUUGUAUAUGCCAUAUUGGAUUUUACCUGGGCUAUAUACAAUAUACCUAUAUACAUAGGUCUUCUGCAGGAUAAAUUCGUUAGAUGGUCGCUCAGUGGCAGGAUAAGCAAAUAUAUGGUGUCAGCAUGCCUAGCUCAUGAUGAGGAUUACUGACACCGUAUCUUUGCAUAUCCUAUCACUGAGUAACUAUGUAACUAAUAAAAUA